AAUUCCGUCUCCAAUCUAUGUUUAAAAGAUCUAAGUAAGACAGUGAUAGCAGAACUGGUAUGCAGACUUCUCGCGGACCCCAAUGCUCUGCAGCGAUUUUAUCAGUCUUUUGGGCUUGAUCGUGGGAAACUGCGCCCCUAUAUGCUGCAUGAUAUAGCCGAAUUCUUUCCUGACACUCCAGUCAAGCUGUUAAAAGACGUUUUUCAGGAGUUCCAGUUGUAUGACCUCGCAAAAAUGCUGGAGAAAGUAAAAUGGCGCUCACUUCGUCCUUCUCUUCCCCUGAAAGAAAUGAAGAAGUUAUUAAACGCCAGUGAACGUCCUUCAAAGGUUUACAGUAAAGUAGAAGUAUUAAUGAUCGAGUACUCUGACUGGAUUGCUGUUGAAGACUCUUAUCCUGAUGUUGAGAGAAUUGGAUGUUUUUUCCUAGCUCUAAAUUCACAGAGCCAAAUUACUAAAUUAACAGUGAAGGUUGCAGGACGAACGGAGGAGCUGAUAGCGUUGAGGGAA